AUACCCUUUAGUCUUACUAAUAUACCUAUAAUAUUCCAGAAUAUAAUUAAUAUAAUACUAUAUAAAUAUAUUAAUAUCUAUAUAGUUAUCUACCUAAAUAAUAUCCUUAUCUUCUCACCUAUACUUAAGAAAUAUAAAGAAGAUAUUCACUAUAUCUUAUAA